AUGUAUGAGAAAGGACGUCAAGAGAUGACAUGUGAAUCAGACGCCGAGUGCACGUCAUGGAUAAGGCUGUUCAGAGCGUUUGACAUGGAUCAUGAUGGUUACAUCCCCACAACGGACCUCAAGCGAAGCAUCCGUGACUCAGCAUUCUCAUUUGGUCUCAAUCCAAGCGAAAUAGACGGCAUGAUGGUACAUAUGGACAGAGAUGGCGACAAACUCAUUGAUUUCCCGGAAUUUUGCACACUAAUGAGCCAAGUGAAACGACGGCGACUUUUGCAUUUGAUGUUUCGAGCAGCGCAAUUCGUUGUGCCACGAUCGCAACGGACGGAACCUUUUGACUACUUGCAGAAGUACAAAUGUUGUCCGCCUCCUAUAUUCAUGUUGAUAGUAAGUAUCAUUCAACUGGCCAUUUACGCUUACUACACGGUCGAAGCGGGUGAAGGUGUGAGCAUCACGGGACCUGUACCCACCAGUUCACCCCUCAUAUUCAACCCGCAUCGUAAAAGUGAAGUCUGGCGAUUUGUCUCCUACAUGUUCAUCCACAUCGGUUACUCUACAACAUUUGAACGAAAUCUCAUUGUCAAUAUUUGA